AUGAAUGGAAAGCCCUCUACGAGUCCUCUCGCAAGAGAAGCCAACCGUCAUCAACAGCGUUCGGGACUCUUGCAGUCGUCACUGAUCUCACUGUACAUCUGUUACCUGACGUGGUCUGCCAUGAAUAACAACGUGGACGACAACUGUAAGCCAAGUGUGUUCACACAUACCGGCAAUUCCUCGCAGUUCGACACCCAGUCGUUGGUCUCGUUAGUGUUGUUCUUCGUGUGCGUUCUGUACUCGAGUAUCAGGACCUCAACCAAUACACAAGUGGGCAAAAUCACGGGCGCAAACACUAUACUCAUGAACGACACGGGCGCUACCGGCGGAUCUUCUACUCAUCUCACUUCCAAUGAAGGCGGUGAAGACGGAGGCGAAACCGCUGAGAAAAAGGGUCAGACAUGGGAUAACGAAGAUGAGGGCGUGGCCUACAGCUGGUCAUUCUUCCACUUCAUGUUCGCUUUGGCCACACUUUACGUUAUGAUGACAUUAACCAAUUGGUAUAAUCCGGAAAAGGGAACCAAGAAUUUUAGCGAAAGUGUGGGCGCGAUGUGGGUUAAGAUUAUCUCCUCGUGGGUCUGCUGUGGACUCUAUACGUGGACAUUAGUGGCGCCGAUGCUAUUACCCGAUCGGGACUUCAGCUAA